AUGACGGUGGUGAUGCCGACGGUAGUGGCGAUGGCGGUGUCUCUGGUGACCGUCUCUCAAUCCAUAAAGAGACUUCAACGUCUCUAUUCUCGUCUCCAGCAACAAGCCCUAACGAUCACUCCAUCUGUGAUUUCAUCUUCUCCAUCAAUCGCCCCCUCUGUGAUUUCAUCUUCUCCAUCAACAAUGGUGAUGUGCUUCUAUAGAAAGUGGGCAAUAGUUUGGACAUCGUGGAUAGAUAACAACCUACGACACCGAUUUUGGGGAUGUCCUGACACGAAUUCGUCAUGUGGGUUAUUGGGUGGUAUGAUGAACCCAUGUGUGCUCGUUCCAAAGUUAUAAUACCAGGACUGCUUAGGACAAUCAAUAAGCUACGAAAAAUAGUGGAUGAUAUAAAAGAUCAAGCAAGUAAGCAUGAAAAAGAAGUGGUGAAGAUCAAAGAACAAGCAACUAUGUUGAAGUAUUACCUAGUCUAUAACUGGAUUUUUUUGUUGUUUUGUUGGUGUUUUUGUAAGUGCACAAAUGUUAUGGUUAUCUUUUGUAAUAGGUUAAGGGUAUAUGUGUCUAGUUUAGCUAGUUUUUUUUUUUGCAAAUGUAGAACAUUAUUGUAAUGCAAAUUAAUGG